UGCGCAGCAGGGAGCGCUUGACGCCGGACAGAAGAACUGCGAGAUGAAGAAGGACAGCGCCCUGAGCGGAAUAGGAACCAGUUCUGAACGCGUUCAGCAUCGCAAUGGGACAAUCUCGGUUUCCGCGGAUCUUCAAUCCUAGGACUUGACGUCGUUGGGGCUUUGAUGUGCUGCAGAACUAGUCGACCCUCCAAGCAUGAAUCAGUAGUCUCCUCAAAUCAACAGCGCUACAGGGUCCAGGACAGAGGUCAGAGCCGGCCCAGAGGACCAGGAUGUUCACCGGCUCCACCAAGAACCCCCCCGCCAAGACCCCCCAGCCUGACAGGCUGGAUGAGGUCUACGCAGCCCUGCGACGCGGCCUGCAGUCCUACCUGCAGGUCCACCAGCUCGAGCUGGACAGCCUGGGCCAGCAGAUCAGAGAGAACAAGAGGAACGGCCGUCUGGGGUCUCUCUAUGAACAGGAUAAGCAAGUGAAGGCCAUCGAGAGGUUCAUGCGGCGCCUGGAGUUCCACCUCAGCAAGGUGGAGGAGCUGUAUGACGCCUACUGCAUCCAGCGUCGGGUUCGGGACGGAGCGAGCAAGAUGGUGGCGGCAUUCCACUCGGCCAGCGGCAGCCGGGAGGCCAGGGAGAGCCUGAGUGAGGCCAACAAGGGCUACAGGGAGUGCACCGAGCACAUGUGUUCGCUGGAGAGCGAUCUGGAGAGCCAGAUGGGGGAGUUCCACAUAAAGAUGAAAGGUCUCGCCGGGUUUGCACGGUUGUGUGCCGGGGACCAGUACGAGGUGCUGAUGCGCUACGGACGGCAGCGCUGGCGCAUGCGGGGCCGCGUGGAGGUGAGCAGUCGGCAGGUGUGGGACAGCGAGGACUACAUCUUCCUGCCCCUGGUCACCGAGCUGCUGUCCAUCAAAGUGACGGAGCUGAAGAGCCUGGCCAACCACGUGGUGGUGGGCAGCGUCUCCUGUGAGAUGCUGGACCUCUUCUGCCCGCUGCCUCAGACCCUGGCCGUGGACAUCAACGACCUGGGCACCGUCAAGCUCAACCUAGAGGUGACUUGGAGCCCCUUCGAUAAGGACGACCAGGUGUCCUCCGCCAGCACCGUGACAAAGCGGCUCUUAUCCAAUCAGAGCCCUCCGGACACGCCCUCCAUGCGGGAGCAGGUGUUCUACUCCCUACUGCGGCGUCAGGGCGACCCGGACAACGGGACUCUCUGGUCCAACUCCUCCGAGUCGUCCGACGACUCGUCCAGCCCGGCGCUGGGGGGCCACGCCCACCGGCUGGCGGGGGCGUCGCCCGCGCUGCAGGCCACGCCCCCCCGACAGCUGUCCUUCGCCCCCCGCCAGCCCAGCACCUCCACGCCCUCGCUCUCGUCCAAUCAGGGGGAGGACGAGCCGGAGGAGGCUGGGCCGGAGGCGGGCUUCACCCAGAUGCUGGGGGCCCGCAGCUUCUCGGUGCCCAACGGCCACCUGCAGAGCUCCAAGUCGGACCCCCACCUGGGGGGGGUGGCGCCCCCACGAGCCCCCCCAGCCCCGCAGCACCUCCUUCCCCAGCGUCUUCUCCCCCAGCGCUGCCCUGCUGGGGGGGCGGGCCGACGUGCUGGCAGAGUGCCACUCGUCAGAGGAGAGCGUCUGCAGCCAGGGGGGGGGCCCAGGGGGGGGCCAGGACUCACCGGCCCCGGGCCCCGGAGAAGACAGAACCAGGGGGUCGGGGGGGCCGCUGGGCCGGAGCUUUGAGGAGGAGGAGCAGAAGGGUUCUGAGGAACACAAGGAGGAGGCGAAGACUGAGGAGACGCAAAGGGUCCGCUGCUCCAGCUCCUCCAGCUUCACCCAGGAGGUGGAGACGGCCCUGGAAAGCUUCGACUUCCUCAACUGCUCAGACCUCGACGAAGAGGAAGAGGAGGAGGAGGAGGAGGAGAAGCAGGGGAAGCAGGAGGAGGAGUGGGAGGAAGACCAGAAGGAGGAGAAGGAGGAAGACCAGAAGGAGGAGAGGGAGGAAGACCAGAAGGAGGAGAGGGAGGAGAAGCAGGAGGAGAAGAAGGAACAAGACAUAUCAGAGGAGGAGGAGAAGGGGGUUGAACGUGGCUCCGUGGACGAGGAUG